AUGUCUCUUUCUUUAUUAUUUACGACCGUAUUUAAACAUUUUACAGAAGGUCCACCCGUAAAAUCAUGGAGCCUAAAGUUUCAUUUAGCUGUGGCAAUGAUUAAAUAUAACAUUAACAUAUGGAUAUUACCUAAUGAAAAGCAAAUUGAAGAACCUGUGAAAACUCCUCCUAAUAUAAUUAUAAAGGAAGUUAUAUUAGAUGAGCAAUACAGGCAAAAGAGUAUAUUACAUUUAGAAAAAGUUUUAAAAAAAUAUGAAGAUGUGUUGGACGAGAAAUGGAAAGAACCAAAGGAUAGAAUCUAUGGUGAAUGGGUAUAUAUGAAGGAAGAAGAAGAAAGUGAAAACAAUGAAAUGGAUAAAGUAGUACUCCAUUUACAUGGUGGCGCAUAUUGUAUUGGUUCAGCUAAAUUUAGUAGAAAUUUUACAUUUGAAUACGCAAAGCAUGCUAAAGCUCGGGUUUUUUCAACUGAUUAUCGUCUUGCGCCACAAAAUCAAUUUCCUGCAUCCCUUUGUGAUUCAGUUGCAGCAUAUCUUUAUCUUAUAAACCCUGAAUCAGAUGCUGGGUUUAAACCGAUUAAUCCUAAAAGGAUUGUAAUUAUGGGAGAGAGUGCAGGAGGUGGUUUAACUCUUGCAACACUCUUAUUUUUAAGGGAUGCUGGGUUACCUUUACCGGGAGGUGCAGUUGUAUUGUCACCAUGGGUAGACUUAACACAUAGUAUGCCAUCUUUUUGGGAUCCCGAAUUUAAAAAAGUUGACAUUAUUGGAGAACGAAUUAACAUUCGGCCUUCGACUCCUCUUGCAGACGAAUUUAUCGCUAAUACCAAGACUCUAUCCGAUAAAAUUGCCCAAAAAAAGCCUAACAUCGUUGGUCAUCCCUCAUUCACUGAAGUACCUCGUGUUCAAUUGUAUUGUGCUAACGAAGCAUUAGCUAUCCCUUACGUUAGUCCUAUGCUUGCAGAGUCUUUGGGAGAUUUACCGCCUAUCUUAUGUCAAACUGGAGGAUUAGAAAGGCUUCGUGAUGAAGCAAUAUUGUUUAGUCAUAAAGCAGCACACCCUCAUGAAUAUCAAGUACCUUCAUAUGCAACUAAAAAUUUCGAAAAGUCGCCUUUUAAGAAUCCUACCAAAGUUAUACUUGAAGUUUAUGAUGAUAUGCCUCAUGUCUGGCACAUGUAUUUAUUUUCUAAACCUUCUCAAGUAGCAAUUGAACGUUGUGGCGAUUUUAUAAAACGUGUUACUUCUAUAGAAGAUAACAAUACUUCCAUAAUCGAUCUUACUAAAGAAGAUGUAGUAUCUCCCUCUAUUUCUAUUUCCCCCUCAUUUAUUGCGAUGAGAGUUAGUGUAGAUGGUGAAAACAAAGAAUUGAAUGAAACUGACCGAGAUUGUCUAAAAUGGGAUAAAAUUGGCAUAGUGCCUAAAGAAGUUAUUUAG